CCACAAUCGCUUGCAAAACGUAAAUGGUGCGACGAGCGGCAAGUAUUUGGGACCGUAAAGGUCGCGGCGGCCUUUGCUCUGUUCGAAUUCUUUCAACAAGUGAAAGCUGCAAAGAAAAACAUUGCAAUGGGUCGUUCAACGGCUACGGGCGCUUUGCACCGAGAGUAAACUGCAGAGCGAUGCCUCCGGCUGCUUGCACAGGACGCAAGAGGGCUGGAAUUGAUUCCUGGGUCUUUUGGGGGGCAGAAAGAGUUCGUAAAUCAUAAUGCUUUCCGUCUUUGUGCGAGGAAUUUGCUGUAGUGACCAGCUGCUGAGAUCUGCGGUGAAGCAGGCGCUUGCACGACAUAGGACGGCAUUUCUAAACACUUGGGCAUGGUCCAGAGUAGGACAGGGGCUCAGUCACGACCAUGUCUUGAGUCCUGAGACAGGCUGCGAUGUCACAAAGCGAAGCCUAUGGGUCCCCCUGGGUGCCCUGAGAUUCGAAAAAUCAGAGAACAGGAGCUCGCAGGUACCUGCGCAAAGUAAAAAAGGAGACGUUUCAAUCUCAGCUGCUCAAAAAGUGAAAGAAGCAGGAAGAGAUUUCACUUACUUGAUAGUGGUGAUUAUUGGGAUCGGUGUGACAGGUGGGUUAUUCUAUGUGAUUUUUAAGGAAUUAUUCUCUUCUUCCAGUCCCAGUAAAAUCUAUGGAGACGCCUUGGAGAAAUGCAGAGCUCAUCCUGAGGUAAUAGGAAUUUUUGGUGAACCCAUAAAAGGCUAUGGUGAAGCUACACGCCGUGGGAGAAGACAGUUGGUCAGCCAUAUUGAGUUUAUAAAAGAUGGAUUGAAAUACAUGCGUCUAAAAUUCUACAUUGAGGGAUCUGAAAAAGGAAAACAAGGAACUGUUCAUCUUGAAGUCAAAGAGAAUCCUGAAAGUAGAAAAUAUGAAUAUCGUUAUAUAUUUGUGGAUAUUGAUAGCUACCCUAGAAGAACAAUAAUUGUUGAAGAUAAUAGAUAGCGGAAUGAUUGAAAAAGUCUUUCAUUGCUGGGAUACUUGUUGAUAAUAUGCAAUGAACAACAGAAUAAAUAUAAACAUGAAAAAGGUAACAAGGCAUACUGCAUCCUUACAGACUCGGUGUAAUUCAGAGGAAUCAGUGGAAUUAUAUAUAAUGAAGUUACAUAAAUAUUGGAAAUAGACAAUUAUGAAAAUAAUAGAAAGGCAAAUAAUUUUGUUAUUUUUAUACAAAAUUGGCAGGAAGUCUCACUGCAGCAAAUGUGUUAAUCAUCAAAUGUUAUAAAUGAGUGAAUUAGUUUUUAUCUACGUGCAUCCAACAAGCAAAUACUCAUAAACUUCUAAAUUUUUGGAAUGAAUAUUUCUGUUUAAACGGAUUUCAUAUCAAUAUUGUAAUAAAGAAUACCUAAAAUGUAUUAAAUGGUGUU